CGGAGGGUUUCCGAUCCAAGCAGCUCCUCUAUUGCACGAGAUGGCGGCUCUGAGCCGCUUGCUGAGGCACAACGCGGCGGGGAGGUGGAUGUCUUCGGUGGUCGCUGAAUCGGGGAUCGCAUGUCCGCCGAGCGUGGCACGCAUGGGGGUCGUGCCUGCGAGGGAUCCUGCGUGCCCGAGCGUGCAGUGGGUUUUCCUAGGGUGCCCAGGUGUCGGGAAGGGAACCUACGCCAGCCGCCUCUCUCGUCUCCUUGGUGUGCCGCACAUCGCCACCGGUGAUCUCGUCCGGGACGAGCUCGCCUCGUCGGGCCCUCUUUCGAAACAGCUUGCAGAAAUUGUGAAUCAAGGACAUUUAGUGUCUGAUGAGAUUAUCAUCAAUCUCUUAUCCAAGCGUCUAGAAGAUGGAGGAAAUAAAGGUGAAUCAGGAUUUAUUCUUGAUGGUUUUCCACGAACAACACGACAGGCAGAAAUACUAGAGGGAGUAGCAGAAAUUGACUUGGUUGUCAACUUAAAGCUCAGAGAAGAUGCACUGUUUGCAAAAUGUCUUGGGAGGAGAAUUUGUAGCCAAUGUAGGGGUAACUUUAACAUUGCCUCCGUCGACAUCAAGGGUGAGCAUGGGAGACCAGGUAUAACUAUGGCCCCACUUUUGCCUCCUGAACAUUGUAUGUCGAAACUCAUCGCUCGAGCAGAUGACACUGAAGAGGUGGUGAAGGAGCGUUUGCGUGUAUACUAUGAAAUGAGCGAACCAGUAGAAGAGUUCUACCGCAAGCGAGGUAAGCUCAUAGACUUCGAUUUGCCUGGGGGUAUUCCAGAAUCUUGGCCAAUGCUUUUGCAAGCUCUGGACAUUGACGACCAUGAUGAGAAGCAAACAGCCGUAGCAUGAGUAUGGAACCAGAUUCUCUGUGCAUUUUCCGCAAGAAUAUUAAUCAAGCUGCGAUUUUCCAAAUAUUUCUCAAAUGCUCCCAAACUUGGCAAGCGAGGGGAUCACUGCGAUGAUCAUGAGCAAUUUCAUUGAACUUACACUUUGUGAGCAGUGCAAUACUAGUAGGAUGUUGAAAUUUUUGGAUUGGUAUUGAGUUAAAGUUUUGAAGUAUGGGUUAUAAUAAAAUUUUCAAUAUUUUAAGAUUUUAA